CCUUUUGCGACCUCCAAUUGAAGAAUAGACAAUUGAGAAAUGAGAAGAGACGUUCGCAUUCUUCUCUUGGGCGACGAUGGUGUCGGAAAAAGUACCCUGAUCACCAGCCUCAUUAAAGAGUCGUAUGUUGCCAACGUCCAACAUGUCAUUCCGGAGGUAACCAUUCCACCUGAGGUCACACCCGAUAAUGUGACAACGCACAUUGUUGACACGUCAACGCGGCCGGAAUACAGAGACACAUUAGAGUCAGAAAUCAGGAAGGCGCACGUUAUCUGCAUUGUGUAUGCCAUUGAUGAGCCCGUCACGUUCAACCGAUUGAGUGGUCACUGGCUUCCAUAUAUUCGAUCUUUAGGCGUCAAUGUACCUGUGGUCCUUGUCGGUAACAAAAUCGAUUUAAGAGGUGACGAUGUAUCCAAUAAGUGCCUAGAAGAUGAAGUUGUGCCGAUCAUGAACGAGUUCAAGGAAGUUGAGACGUGUGUCGAGUGUUCUGCUAAGCAACCGUUGAAUGUGUCGGAGGUAUUUUACUUUGCACAAAAGGCUGUCCUUCAUCCUACAGCACCUCUAUACGAUUCGAGGGGACAUGUGCUGAAGCCAGCAUGCAUUGAUGCUCUACAAAGGAUUUUCAACCUAUGCGAUCUUGACAAGGAUGGAGUUUUAGACGACAAUGAGUUGAACGAGUUCCAGAGAAAAUGCUUCAAUGCUCCUUUACAACUACAAGAGCUGGAGGCUGUUAAGGAGGUUGUGAAGGAACAUGAACCGGAAGGAGUCAAUGAUAUUGGUCUCACGGAAAUCGGAUUUCUUUUUCUGCAUACACUCUUUAUUCAACGCGGUAGACUAGAAACUACAUGGACUGUUCUUCGACAGUUCGGAUAUGGUGAUGACUUGACUCUGCGGGAAAGUUUUUUGUGUCCAAGGAUUGACAUUCCUCCAGAUUGCUCUGUGGAACUUAGCCCUAAAGGAUAUCAAUUUUUCACAGAGCUGUUUCAAGUGUUUGACAAGGACAAAGAUAGUGCAUUGAAAAAGAGUGAGCUUGAGGCUUUGUUUAGGACCUCUCCUGGAAACCCUUGGGCGCAUACUGCGUUUCCGCAAACGACUAUCACGACAGAACUUGGAGCUGUUACUUUGCAAGGAUUUUUGGCGCAGUGGAGUAUGACAACCAUGCUAGAUUAUCAGCUGACAUUGAGGUAUCUAGCUUAUCUCGGAUUUGAGGGUGACACAACAACUGCUAUCAAAGUCACCAGGCCAAGGAAAGUCGACCGUCGUAAAGGGAAAGUCCAAAGGAAUGUUUUUCUCUGCUAUGUCUUCGGCGCUCCGAAAUCUGGAAAGACUUCGUUACUUCGUGGGUUUUUAGACAAACCUUUCUCUGAUCAGUACGAGCCUACGGCUCGACCUUUUGCAGUCGUCAAUUCAGUAGAGAUCAAAGGAGCAGAAAAAUACUUAGUGAUGGAGGAAAUCGGCACACAGCAUGAAGCUGAAGUACUGCAGAAUAAGAAACGUUUGGACAAGUGCGAUCUCUUGUGCUUCGUUUUUGACUCAAGCGAUGUGAAUUCAUUUUCCUAUAUAGUUAAUCUGAGGAAACAAUAUCACUUGGACCAUAUGCCGAGUGUGUUUGUAGCAACCAAGAGCGACUCGGACUUGGUUCUACAAAGACAUGAGGUUCAGCCUGAUGUAUACUGCCGUAACCUUGGACUCGCCGCACCUAUAAGCAUAUCAGUAAAGUCCAGGCAGAUGGCGGAUAUAUUCAAUAUUCUGACGGCAGUAGCCAUGUGUCCGUCCAUUGCCACGCCGCCAGGAUUCUUGGACGCCAAUUCGAGUACUCUUCGGAUGAAGCGUUACCUGACUGCGAUGGGUGUUGCGGGUGCAUUGAUUGCAGUCUGUCUACUAGGUGUACGAUUGUAUCGCCACAGUGGUCCUUCGUCAUAGUGAAACAGCCAUAUUUUGCAGGGCACAAACGACCCGUCCAUUAGACCAGGCCAGAUUAUCAGCCUGAAAAUUAUAAUAGUAAUAAAUAGUAGAAACA